AUGAAUAUUCAAAAAUUAAAAGAUUUAGAUACGGAAACGAAAUUGUUGAAAGUUUUAAUGAGAGAAAUAAAUAAAAAUCAAAUAGAAUUGAGUAAAAUGUUAGUUGAGAAAAAAGUUUAUUCACAAUCGAUAAUAAAACUAUUAGAUCCGAACGUUUUAGAAGAAGAAAAUAAAACAGUUAAAAAAAUAACGGAAAUGGAAGUGGCGAAAAAAAAUACUUCGGCAAAAUCUCUUCAGUUAAAAGUUAACGAAUUAAAACAAAAAUGUACAAUUAAAAAUAGAAUGAUUGUUGCUUUGUUAAAAAGUCUUAAAAGUAACGUGCCUAAAGAAUGGUUGGAAAAUUUAGUCGAUGGUUUAUUUAACGAAUCUAAACCAAUUGAAGAAUUUGAUUCGGAUAAAGUUAACGAAUUUGUACGUCAGACAUCUUUAUAUUUGAUGAAAGAAGAAUUGGUAUGA